GUUAUUAGAUUGUUUCUCUUACAGUCAUGCAUUAAAAACAAACAGUCCUUCAAAACAAAUUCGUUUUACAAAGUAUUUUGGUCUCCAUUUGUUGGUUUUUAUGGGCCAUUGUUGUAACGUGCGGCCCCGCAUCAGCUGGCUGUUGUAAGCCUAGCGUACAAUCGCCUAUACCAGUUUACUACGCCGUGAUACGCCGACAUUAAGCUUGGUAUGCGGUGUAGAUUCCGCCAUUGUCCGUUGAUUUUUUCAAUGAAUAGACGUUCUCCUGAAAUAAAUUUAAGUAAAAGUAACAAAGUACUACUUAAAAAGGACCAAUGGAUGGAUGAUAAUCUUUGAAACGGAGGUAAAGGCACUAUCGAUAAUGGAGGUCACGAUGGGAAAGAAUGACAUAUUUUGUGAAGGAAAUUCCAUCGAUUAAAAGAGAUUGAGGUGAGAAAUCAUGAGUAGACGAGGAGACACAAGACAAAAAAGAGGUCAAUCUAACAGCCCUGUGCCACAAAAAGAACCAAGAGUGUCGGGUGGAAGACAGACUAAAAAAAGAAGUGGAGGACUGCUGGAAUCAAAUGCUCCUCCCAGGUCAGACAACAGCGAGAAAACUCCGGAUCCACCUAUAGAAACGCACGAAGACAGUGACGUCAAACAGCCACCUGAGACAUCAAAAAGACAGAGAAGUGCUAGAGGGCGUAGUGGCAGAGGGAAAAAAUCACCACCGGAAUCUCCUAAACAGGAAGACCCCCCUCCUAGAGAGCCCUCUGCUCACUCAGAACAUUAUACUCCCACAGUAGAGGCUUCAAGGGUAGAGGCUCCAGAUUUACCUCCUCCUUUACCCCCCUCAUCUUGUACCCCUAACACUGAAGGUCAAACAGGUCGUUCCUCGAGGCCUGCAUCCCGCUCCUCUGUGAAAAGAUCAGCAGACGCACAUGAGAUGGAGACUCAUGAAGAAGAGAAAAAGUCAAUUGCUAUUCCUCCAAAGAAACGAAAAGGAAAUGAGAUAGAGAGGGAGCCCUCUCCCCCGUCCAAGAGACAUUCCAUUGAUCUGAGUGAGUGGAUAAAUCAGAGAGUUUUGGCCAAGAGGGAUGGGCUCUACCAGCCAGGUCAGAUUAGUGACAUUAGACAAAACAGGCACAUUGGUGUAUUAUUUGAUAGUGACAAAAAUACUGUGUAUUUUAAUGAUGUUAUGGACCAGAGAGCUCAGUUUGACAUUAUCAGUGAUCAUAGUCCCAUGGCUAUGGUGACAAAUGUUGGUAGCAAAGUGUGUGUCAGGAUCAUUCCUGAGGAAAACUAUUACUAUGAGGGUGUGAUUAUUGACAAAAAGUCUCAACCUGUUUCAUAUUAUGUCCAAAUUCAAGGUCACCAUGAGGACAAAUUCAGGGACCCCCAGUGGGUGUCGCGGGCAGUGUUAAGGCUCAUUCAACCUCCAUGGUAUGAGGACCUUCAAAAUUUACCUGAACAGCAAGAGGCACCUACUCCCCUUUCAACCAUGGCCUUCCCCCUUCAACUGCAGAUGCCCCAUCAUCAAAUAGCACACCAUCAUUAUGCUCCACAAUUAGAAAUAAGCCCCCCUUUGCAAGGAAGGAUGGAAAGGUCCCCUUCUCUGCCACAAAGCACUAGCAUAGAAAGGGGGGAGUCUUCUGAGGAUGAAAUGAAGAGUGAGGAUAUUGAUUUUGAUUCAGGGCUAAGUACCCCUAGAUCAGGUAGUGCAACUCCAGGGUCAGGGUGUCGGUCACAAGGAGGGAGUGGGGGGAACCGUCCACCCCCAAAAAAGCGAGAAUUCUCACGAAGUAGAAGUGUACAGUCAUGUGAAAGCAGUAGGUCCAGUACACCAAGAUCUCCAAGUUCUACGCAGAAAUACAAAAAAGGGGAUGUUGUGUCAACUCCAAAUGGAAUCCGAAAAAAGUUCAACGGUAAGCAGUGGAGAAGACUGUGUUCUAAAGAGGGUUGUACAAAAGAAUCUCAAAGACGUGGAUAUUGUUCACGCCAUUUGUCAAUGAAGGGACAAAAGAACAUGAGAGGAAACAUGCAGCAAUUCAGGAAAGGUGAACAUAUGGAGUGGUCUGAAAGCUCAACUCGAGAAAGCAGUGUUACUGACUUUGACCCAGAGCAUCCUCAAAGGUUUGAUGAAACAGAAGCAGCCAAUAUGUUGGUUUCCCUUGGAAAUUCAAGAUCUACAACUCCAGCUUUUUCUCCAACUCCCAGCAAUCACCCUAUUUCACCACAUCCUGUGCAAUCACCUAGUACAAUGGGACCUAGAGGCAAUCCUUUGUCUUUUGCUCCAAUUUCACCUCAUCCACAGACUCAAGCUUUCAUGACUUCACCAACUCGGAGUUGGAGUUCAGGUACAUCAAAAUCAGGGAGCUCUUCAUCUGAGCAUGUUUCCCCAAUCACUCCCAGAUUCCCUCCAACUUCUCAUGCACACAUGUAUAAUGCACCUGAAAUGGAGCAACUGUACCAAAAAAUUGCAAAUGCAAGUAAUUUCAAGAUUGAUCCAGUGAAAGCUGGACAGGAAGGGAGCAAAGCCCAAGUGACCUUUGAUACAUCUACUGGUAUUCUGCAUGCACCACAGAGACUCCCCGCAGGGAGUGUUUCUGUUAUGCCCCUGACUCAAGAUAUGCAGGCCAGAAAAAUGACCCACAGUUUGUCCAUGAGUGCUCUACCCUCGCCGAACCCCGAUCGCCACAAAGAGCUCAACAACCGCACCGCAACGCCAUCCUCCAGAAUAUCGCAAUCAUCAAUGUCUACCUUAAAGAGUUUGAUUAAUUCUGCGCCUGCACCAAUCAAGCCACAGACCGCUAUAGUAGCUCCAGUGUCCAGUCCAGAUCACAUACCAUCUGUCAUUCAGCACCAAAUUCAGCACCAAAUUCCUGCACAGUCCUUACUACCCAUAAUGCCAGUGGCAAAUGGAGGCAAAAAUGAACAGCCUGCUCCAGUCAAUUCUGCACCAGCAGUUAAUUCCAACAAAGCUGUACCUGUCUUUCCUUGGCAUGCUUUGGUCCCAUUCCUGACCAAUACUGGUCCUCCGACUGUCGCUCAGACUCCGCCCACUACUACUGAACAACCAAUUGAAAAACAGCAUCAAGCUGUCAAUCCUACAUCAUCACCAAAAAAGGCCAGCCAAUCAGAACAUCGUGUCAGUGCUUCAGAAGCCCCUCCUAUUGAUGAUGAAAUAGAAGAUGAUUACGAUGAUGAUGUGUUUGAUACCAAAGACGAACCUCAGCCUGAGCCCAAGAAAAUCCCAGCAAAGAGGCGGAGCCAAAGUCUGAGUGCUCUGAAAGACAAGGAGGAGAAGAGUCCUAAAAAGUCAAAAGACAAAGACCACAUAAGGAGACCCAUGAAUGCCUUUAUGAUAUUCAGUAAAAGACAUCGACAUUUAGUUCAUCAACGACACCCGAAUCAAGACAACAGGACGGUUAGCAAGAUUCUGGGCGAGUGGUGGUAUGCCUUGGGCCCCAACGAAAAGCAGAAGUACAACGAGCUGGCCAAUCAGGUAAAAGAGGCACAUUUUAAAGCCCACCCAGACUGGAAGUGGUGCUCCAGAGACAGGAAGAAAUCAGGGACCAUAGCGGACAAAUUAAAACAGAGAACUAGCAGCCAGCGGCUCAGCUCCACUGACGAUAUAUUGGAAGAUGCAGAUACAAAUAUGGACACAGAGGAUUCUGUUUUUCUGAAUCCUGAGUCAUUGUUUGAGAACAGACGAGGUGGUAGAUCUCAGAGCUUAUCAGCUGUUCCAAGGGAAGGGGAGGGGUCAGCUUUUAUGCCCCCAGGGAUGAAUAUAAAUGCAAAUGAUGACCAGCGAGGGUUUACAGAGGCAUUGAGAAGACAGUUAACCAAUGGGCUGUCCAGCCAGAAGUCCUCUCUGUCACAACACGAUACCCCCCGCUCCUCCGUGAGUCACCACUCCUCACCCCUGGCCAAAUCCUCACCCCUGGCUCAACCUCCGAUGGACCUCCAGCGUCGCCACUCUGUGUCUGGGGUGGAGGAGGCACACUCCAGGGCAGCCACAGGGUCUAAAGAUUUAGUGGGGGAUGGGGACGGCAGUGAUGAUGAAAAGAUGGUCAUUGAUGAGGAUAAAGGUGCUGGUGACAGGAGUGAUCAGGAGGGAAAGAGUUUGAUCUGCCAUGAACAGGUAUCUGACAGUGAGACAGACUCGCAGACAGAGGAAGAUGUUCCCAUGGAGAGCAAGAUCAACAAGGCCUUUCCCCAGCAACGAUUCUCCCCCUCAAACCAACCAACAGACGUAGCAUUCAGACCAACCCCAAUAAAGAAAUUACCUGAGGGUCAGCCCAAGGUGGUUCAGUCCUCUCUCCCGGGAGCAGGGCUUGAUUUAGUUGAACUCAUUCCAAGGCCUUCAAGUGUGGGCUCGGGUUUUCAACCCAAAGGUGCUGUGUUCCGAGCAAAGACAGCCCACUCAAGAAUGGCCUCAACAGGAAGCGUGUUGGAGGGGUCACAUCCCAAGCAUGACAACACCCCAAGGCUGUGUCAACAACCCCCGGUCAAAAUGGGCAACAUGAAAAUACACAACAUUACAAUGACCACACAGGACCAACAGCUUAUUGUGUCCACCACUACAGAAACCAUGAUCGGAAAACAGAAUGGCAAAGGGCAGGUGAUCGGGAAGGCUACAAAGUCCAAGCAGAGAAACAAUUCUCAACAAGUGCCCAUUCAGCCCGCAGUUACUCCACCUUCCCAAUACCAGUCAAAACCGGUUACUUCUAGUAAUGUGCAGCUAAUCGCCCCAAAUCAGACAAUUGCAACAAAUGUAGUACAGAACAGUAUGGUGAUGUCGACCUUCUCCACAAUGGGCAAACCAAUCACUACACCUGUGCCCAUUGCUUCAAAGCCCAUUGUUUCCAUGCAGCAGGCACAUAUUGCAGCAACCACAACACUUAAAGCAGGAGUUCCAAACAUUCAGCCCAUUCAAUCCGGUUCAAACAAUGGUGUGAAAGGGAUGAGCACAUUUGUACUGCAAAACAUUCCAGCUUCUCAGUAUGCCAUUUUAAAUCCCCAGAACCUUGGGAGCCCAGUUGCUGUCUCCAAGGCCUUAUCUACAAGUGUGUCCACCAUCCAAACAAAUCAAGUCUCGGGAGGAUUCAUCACAACAUUAAGGAACAUUGCACCACCCCAAAACCACCAGUCACAACCUCAGCCCACACCCACAACUAUAUACACUAAUUUGGUCCAAAUCAAAUCAACCAAUCAAACAGCAGCCACACCCUCUGUGCUGAAUGCUGUCACAUCUCAGCCAGCAAGCCUUCAGCCAACACAGAUUCAAUACAUUCUUCCUUCAGUCCGAUUAGAAACUCCCAAUGGGGGCAAAGUACAGAAUCUUCUGCAGAUGGCCUUACCAGGGGGACAGGUACAACAGUUGGCCUUUGGUGGUAACCAAUCACAGGCUCCCUUACAUUCUCCACUUCCACCCCAGAUGCAACAGCAACAUUAUCCGCAAUUACAGCCCUCUCCUCAGCCAGUUCAAACUGGACAAAAGAUCCAGCUUGCUCCGGCUGGAUCAGGAAUCAAGAUAAGCCCACUGAAAUUUGUUCAGGGGCAGACAAAUCUUCUCCAGCCCCAGCAGCAACAUCAGCAGCAAAUUGUGUUGAAUGCGACCAAACAGCAGGGGCUGCCAGUAACGGUCGCCCAAUACCAGAUCGUCAACCAACCCUCCCCCCUCCCCGCAGGAGUGCUAGCAACAUCACAGCUACCCACUGUAACAAUAGCCCAGCCUAUUGUAUCUCUCGGAGCAUAUCAACAGCAGCAGCAGACCAUCACCCAGCUACAGGGCCAGGCGACCAGCGGCACAAUCACACAGCUUCAGGUCCACCCCCAGACUCCCACCCACAUACCCACGGGGGCCCCUCAUACCCCCACACAGGUGGCCAGUCCCGGACAGAUCACACAAAUACAACAAGUCGCACAAGUACAGCAAGCCAAACAGUACCCGGUCAGUCAGGUGUUGACCCCCGGGGGACAGUAUCAGGCCAUUGGUCAGCAACAGAGGUUCCAGUUUCUGCCAACUCAGCAAAAGGUGAUGGUCCCCCAGUCCAUGCCUAUAGGGACAGUUGCCUCUCCCUCCCCAGCUGUGUCCCCUGCCUACAUACAGACAUAUGUGGGAUCCAUUCAACAAAAUAACCAGGGAGGUGUGCAGCAGGUGCUGAUUCAGCCCAAUGCAGUGAGGUCCCCGGCAGCUAGCCCAGGGCUAGGACAGAGCAUGUCACAGCAGCAAACCAUCACCACAAACCAGGGCAAAUUUGUCUACUAUUCAGCACCAAGCCCCACCCCUAAAGCUUCUGGAACUACAACAGAGAAGAGUGACAUAGGUUAUGUUUCGGGAAAUAAUCAAAACGCCAGGCCUUUGAAAGUCAAAGCUGCCAUUGCUAAUAUUCCUGUGGCCACUGAAAGUUUUCCAUCCACUCCAACCUCUCAAGGUUUGAGAAAUUCCACAAGUCUUACCCAUAAUGCAGCUACCACACCGAAGGCCCCGAGUCCCCAACCAGCCUACAGGAGUCCACAGGCAAUGAUUGGCCAGCACAAGCCACAGAGGCCCUCCCCCCUGGUGCUGGACCAUUCUGCUAUGGCUGAUGCUGCAGACCCAAAGACGGACGAGGAGAGGAAAGAUGAGGCGGACACUCGUCAAGAGAGGGCGUGUAAGGGGCGGAAAUACAAGGAAAUGGUGGAAACGGGGGCGGUCACCCCCAGGAAAGAGAGGAAGUCUUCAAAAGGAAGUUCUGGACCUGACUCUAGUGAAGAGAAAUCGCCUCAGUUUACCCAGCCCCAGAAGUCUCCCAAACAGACCAUACAGGAGCCUAGCAUGCCUGCCCCAGCCUCAGCCACUGCUGUGGGGACCCCUCUCAGUCCUAGACCUAAACACAAGCCUCCACCCCUACCAGUGUCCUUAGCCCAGAAUUCUUCUGUUCCCUGCCAGAGUCCAGCCCAGAGUCCCAAAAAAGUGACUUUUAAGAAAAAAUGUGAAGAUGGAAUGCAAAAAGUGCUACAGAAGGUAGAUUUUGAGCAGAAGUUUGACCAGCUACCCCAGUUUAUUCCAGAAGAGACCAACAUGGCUUCCCCUCUCCCUCAGAGUCCUCGAGCCAUCAUCAGCAACUACAGACGCAAGAGGAAAGUCUCCUCCUUAGCCACUGGAGAAUUAACCCCAAGGGAAUCAGAGAUGGAGAUUUCGCCAAGCCCGAGCUACAAGAAGUCCAGUGAAUCAGAGGCUAACACACCACGCACGCCCCAUAGUGCCCAUUUUGAGGACAAUAUGUUCUUUGGCAAAAAUUUUGAAAUUGAAAAAAUGACACUUCCUGCAGAUUUUAAAGAUGAUUUUGGAGAAGGAAGCAUUCCAUGUUCUCCGCGCACACCCAGUUCUCCCGCUGGUCAGUUUUCUUCCCUUCGUCGGAUCUUGGAUCAGAGACGCCAGCUUGUCAUGCAGCUUUUUGAACAAUAUGGAUUAUUUCCUUCUGCCCAAGACACAGCAAAUUUUCAGACAGAGCAUGCAGCUGUUUUUCCCUCCAAAGUUUGUCUACAGCUAAAGAUUCGAGAAGUCCGUCAGAAAAUGAUGGCUCAGUCUGCAGCUGCUGAGAAGGCUACCCAUCCUUCACCUGGAGCUAGUGGAGACUCUGGUCAAAGGUCAUCUGAUGCAGCAUCCUGUUCAGAGCCCUCUGGUGGGGGAGACAGUCGAGAAUCAGGGGGAUUUAAUUCAUUGUCCUUACCUUCGCACUCUGAGGGUAAUAUGGAAUAAAAGUGCUACUGGAGAAAAGGAAACUGAUUCCUUGUGUAAAUAUUUGCCAAGAUACAUGUAUAUCACAGUACGUCCCAUUUCCCUUUGUAAAACAAGUGCAAAUGUCUCUGUGUUAAUGAAUAUAUUAUAUAGAUUAGUUUACUUGAUCAGAGGUGAAUAUACGUAAUUUUUGUGGCAAAAUUUGGUGAAGUAAAUUGAAGUGUUUUAGCUGUAUAGAUGAUAGACUAUUCGAAAAAACAAACAUAUCCAUUUGGUGUGUGAUGAGCUAUAUUGGUCCAAGGUGCAGGAAAUGUAAUGGACUAUUAGAAAAUGGCUAGAAGAAGUGCCAAAGGGAGAAGACAAUACCAGCAGAUAUAAUCUGCCAUAUAAAAGAGAAACAGAGAGGGCAGGCCCUCAUAUUGUUUUAAAGAUUUUGGAUUUUAUGUUAACAGCUUGUUUUAUUCUUUCUGUGAUGCAAGCACAGCGUACAGUUCUAGAGGAGAUUAUAUAUAUUUACAUUGUUAGAGAUAUCAACACUGAUUAUUAGAGUUGUUUGUUAUUUACUGAGUUCCGUUUUUGUCUCUUAGCUGUUUUAGCUUCAAGUUGUUUCCCUUUAUUUGACAACCCUGUUGUCUUGAUUUUUAUGUUUAGCUUCUUAUUUUGUGUUUUGUACAGAUGUAUUUUGAUCAAAGAGUUCAAUAUAUUUCCAUUUUAUUUUUUUCCCCUGUUUUUGUUUUAAACAUAAAUCUGUAUGAGAGUGUUGUGUGCUAGUGUUUGUUUAUGUGUUUAAAACACCAGUCUUGUUAAGUUCGAAACCAGUACUGAAUACUAUUGUCAAAAUCGUCACCUGGAAACCAAUGUGUAAUGGCAGGAAGGAAGUGCUGUUAGAGACCAUCAUAUUACCGUUAAUUAUAUCGUUGUCAGUCAGUUUCAAAUUAGAGUCAGAAACAAGCAGUUUAUUAUUCAUCCAGCCAUGCAGUGCUUGUGAAUUAAAUAAUAUUUAUUUAAUUGCUAUUAAAUGGAUGAAGUUAAAUGUAGUUAUUCCAUUUUUUUUGUAAAUUAAAUAAUUUUUAAUGCCAUUACCAUAAAUUGAUGAAGAUAAAUUUAGUACAAUGUACAUAUAAUUCCGUUUUUAGGAAUGUUAAAGAACAUGCAUUUCCUUAAUAUAUUCAGAUUUCUCACAGAAUCUUGCUUAUUUCCUAGUGUUUUUGUUUGAAAGGUUGAAUAGUAAAACACAGUUAUGGAAAUGAUAUGCAUUGAUGAGACUGACAGUAUGAUUAAGUCUAGAAUAUGUUUGAUGUUGUUGUUAAGAUUGAGACUAUGGAAAAUGGCAGUUUAAAUGUAUACAACAUUUACAAGUAUUUUGUCAAUGCGAUGAAAUACUGCGGUUUCAUCAAUAUUCCAUGAACACCAGUUUACAGAAGUUUCGAGUAGACUCAUAAAAUCAAAUCUUGUUCAAAGUAAAAAAUGUGACAAAAUAUAAAAUGGCUAGAAGCAUUGUUCACUAGUUUGUCGAUGUUCACAAUAAUUGAUGAAACAACAGUACAUGUAGUGAAAUGUUAAGAAUUAUUGUACUUGAGAACAGAUUUUGUUUCAAUUAUUAGUAAAUUAGUGAAUUUCAUUGGCCUUUGAACAAAAUUUAUCUAUAAAGGCUAAAUGUUCUCAUGGAAUAGGGGCUAACUGUUAGGAUUCAGCAAGUUUAAUUGUUUACAAGCUGAACCUGAUUAAUUGAUUCAGUGAUAAAUUGAGGCCCCCUACAAGUUGGUAAACAAAGGUGUGAGAGAAGAUGAGGUCCAGUUAGAGAAUUUCAUGUUGUGUAAACAUUUGCACUUCCACAACAUAUGGGCAUUUCAUUUAAGCAUAUUGGGCAAACAAAAUUUAAUUACUUGUAUAAAUCUUUUGAAUUUGAUCACGUUUUCAGAUAUUUAUUCAAAAUUUUCCAUUUAAGACUACCGUUAUUCACUACUAAAAUUUGACAAAUUGUAAAACAAAUCAUUUUCUUUUUAUUUACCUUUUUUCUCUAAAAAAUUAAUAAUUGCUAUGAAUUGCUCCAAAUUAAGUUUUUUCUACUGCUCCUGGAUUUUUCUGACAUAGAAAAGCAAGGAGCUAUUUGCAGACCAUAGUAUAUAAACUGUAUAAUUGUGAAUAUUUCAACUUUAGUUAUUUGUACACAUUAUCUAUAUACUUGUAUAAUUAGUCUUCUAGUUUAAUUAAUACACAGGGUAAGACUAAUUAUUAAUGCUUUCUCCUCUGUUAUUGCAUUUACAUGUAUGUGUAUUAGAAUCUCUUUCAUUUUUCUACUGAUUUUAUCUGUGGCUUAUGAUGUUAUUAUAAUAUGAAACUGAAUAAUUUCAGUGAUUUCUUUACAAGAUUUGUAGAGGUUAUAUUACUUUUAGCCUCCCUAUUUCAAUUUAUAAAAUUUCACUUUACUAAUACCGAAAAAAUUAUUUGAGGUCACAAGAAUUAUUCCUAGUUCUGAAGCAAAGAACCAAAUUGUCACAACACUAUUUUUUAAAACAAGGUUGUUAAUUCUUUCUUUGUACAAAAAGCAAAUCACAGUUGAGAAAAUCAAGUGUCUUCUUCAAUGGAAAUGUCCAUGUAUAUAUUCAAAUUGAUUGUGGUCUUUUGUUGAACAUAGCACAUAUGUUAUUGUUAAAAGAAAAUGUGAUUUGUUCUACAGUUACAAAUUAAAUGUCACUGUAAAUGUCAA